CCUGGCUGGACGGGCUUCUGAAGCUGGCAGUAGGAUGAAUGUGGGGGUGGCACACAGCAAAGUAAACCCCAACACUCGAGUGAUGAAUAGUCGGGGCAUCUGGCUGGCCUACAUCAUCUUGGUAGGACUACUUCAUGUGGUUCUACUCAGCAUCCCCUUCUUCAGCAUUCCUGUUGUCUGGACCCUGAUCAACAUCAUCCAUAACUUGGCAAUGUAUAUCUUUCUACAUAUGAUGAAAGGGACACCUUUUGAGAGCUCUGACCAAGGAAAGGCUUGGCUACUGACCCACUGGGAGCAGAUGGACUAUGGGCUCCAGUUUACCUCUUCCCGCAAGUUCAUGAGCAUCUCUCCCAUUGUGCUCUACCUCCUGGCUAGCUUCUGCACCAAGUAUGAUGCUGCUCACUUCCUUAUCAACACAGUCUCAUUGCUCAGUGUACUUCUGCCUAAGUUGCCCCGAUUCCAUGGGGUUAGUGUCUUUGGCAUAAACAAAUACUGAGAGAUAGGACUGGGGACAGUUCCACAGGCGUGGGAAAGCAUUGGAACAAGGGGCUAUAACAUGGUUCUCUUCUUCUCCAUGCUUUCUUCUAUAUCUUGAUAGCCUGAGA